CGUCACCUUUGAACUGAGACCUGAGUAAGUUUGCUUGUUCCACAAAGUAGGAAGUACACAGGUUCUGAGGUGAGACGGGCUGUGCUUGCUCAAGAGAUAAGGCUAGCGUAGAGUGCUGUUCCCAGGGCUUCAACCGCUCUUCCUCACUUUCUUAAGCUGGGUAAUUCCCGCUCAACCUUCAGAUUUCAGCCCAAAUAUCACUCCCUCAAGCGAAGCCUCUUUGACCUCUGAGCAGGUCUCUCUUCACCCUCAGCAGAUGACCACCCUGUUCCUAGAAUCUAGGGGUCAGUGUUUUCUAUAGUCAUAGAGCUAGGAAAGGAACGACGGGAUAUGGAGUGCGGGUUGGGGAGUCUUAAGGGGCCGUGCAAUCACUUCCCGGCGAGAAAGAGGAGCCAUCUCUCACCUCCUCAAGCCCAGAUCUAUGCUCCGGGAGCGACACUAGUGCGCAGAGCGGCCGGUCACAGGGCGGAAGUGCAUCCCUGGAGCUGUUCUAGGAAACGCGGAGGACCCAGCUCAUCAGUGAUCCUGGAGCUGCAGUGGAUAUCGCCCAGUGCACCGGACCACCCCAGGAUGCUGACUUGGCAGACAGCGGGGAGAAGCGGAUCGGGUAGGGCCAGAACGCGCGAAGAGCAAGGCUGAAGAGGCAAGCAGGCGCGGGCGUGCGGACCACCUGCCCUCCAGCGGAGCGCGGCGCGCGCUGAUUGGCUGGAAUGCAGCCGGAAGUGGAAGUGGCCGAAGUCCGCCGCCGGUGAAACCAAGACAACAGCUGCCGGUUCUCUGCGAGAGGGCUGAGCCUCGGGAGCCCAAGCGGAGUGAGCGUGGGGCGGGAGCGGCCUGCGAUUGUGAGAUGGGGACUGAGAACAAGGAAGUAAUUCCCAAGGAAGAAAUUUCUGAAGAAACUGAGCCACAUGGCGCAAUAUUAGAAAAAGUUGCAAAGAUGCUCUACCAAGGUCAAAAGUUGGGAGCAGUAUGUGAAGACAUGUUGGAGAGGCACUCAGGAGAGGCCACAGAAGAGAUUAUGGAGCAGAUGUCUGCCCGGGAGAGGGACUUUGCAUCAGGACUGAUUGUCUUUAAGAAAUCACCCUCAAGUGAGAAAGACCAGGGGAAUAAUGAGAGCGAGAGCAUCCGCAGUCCCAGUCCAAACCUCCAGAAGGGAGGUUCUACUGCAGAGGCAGUUCAUGCAUUUGCUACCUCUGCCCAAAACUUCAUAGAAAAUUUAGAAUCUAACAAAACACAGAGAAGUUUUGUAGGAGAAAAGCCUCAUACAUGUAAAGAAUGUGGAAAAGCUUUUAAUCAGAACUCACAUCUUAUCCAGCAUAUGAGAGUUCAUAGUGGAGAGAAACCCUUUGAAUGCAAAGAGUGUGGAAAAACAUUUGGAACUAACUCAAGCCUUCGAAGGCACCUGAGAAUUCAUGCUGGAGAGAAACCCUUUGCCUGUAAUGAAUGUGGAAAGGCCUUCAUUCAGAGUUCACAUCUUAUCCACCAUCAUAGAAUUCAUACUGGAGAGAGACCUUAUAAAUGUGAAGAAUGUGGUAAAGCCUUCAGUCAGAAUUCAGCCCUUAUUUUACAUCAGAGAAUCCACACUGGAGAGAAACCAUAUGAAUGUAAUGAAUGUGGGAAGACCUUCAGGGUCAGCUCACAGCUCAUUCAGCAUCAGAGAAUUCAUACUGAAGAAAGAUACCAUGAAUGCAGCGAGUGUGGCAAAGCCUUCAAGCAUAGCUCAGGCCUUAUCAGACACCAGAAAAUUCACACUGGGGAAAAACCGUAUCUUUGUAACGAAUGUGGGAAAGGUUUUGGUCAGAGUUCUGAGCUUAUCCGGCAUCAAAGAAUUCAUACAGGGGACAAACCGUAUGAAUGUAAUGAAUGUGGGAAAACUUUUGGUCAAAACUCAGAGAUUAUUAGACAUAUUAGAAUCCAUACUGGUGAGAAGCCCUAUGUAUGUAAGGAAUGUGGGAAGGCCUUUAGGGGGAACUCUGAACUUCUUAGACAUGAGAGAAUUCACACUGGGGAGAAACCCUAUGAAUGCUUUGAGUGUGGAAAGGCUUUUAGGCGGACCUCUCACCUUAUUGUCCACCAGAGAAUUCAUACUGGGGAGAAACCUCACCAGUGUAAUGAAUGUGCAAGAACCUUUUGGGAUCAUUCUGAGCUGCUGCUUCACCAGAAAAUUCACAUUGGAGAGAAACCUUAUGAAUGUAAUGAGUGUGAGAAAACAUUCAGCCAGCAUUCCCAGCUUAUCAUACAUCAGAGAAUUCACACUGGAGAGAAACCCUAUGAGUGCCAAGAAUGCCAGAAGACCUUUAGUCGGAGCUCUCACCUUCUCCGACAUCAAAGUGUUCACUGUAUGGAAUGACCUGCAAAAUGGGAAAGCUUUCUGUGGAGAACUUGAAGUCAGACUCACUAGUUUCAUAAUGUGCACCCCAAGUUUGCAGAUCAAAUCAAUGGAGAGACCUUCUCUGUCCUUCCAUUGGUUUUUAUUUAAAUGGUUCAAAAGGAUGAGGCACUUUUAUGAACUAUUCAUUGAGAAGUUUCAAUAUACUAAGUUAUAUCAUAAAAGCUGUUUCAGGCCUUAA